AUGAGCGCUAGCACCUCCGCCGACUACCCCGUGAACUCAUGGGUAUGGGUGAAGCAGCACGGCUACCCCUGGUGGCCAGCGAUGGUUGUAGACCCUGCGCAGACGGGUCAAGACCUUCCUGAGGACAGCAAUGUCAUGCUUCUCUGCGGCCCGAGUACUUCGGCUACGUUGGUGUUUGCAAGCUCGGCGAAUGCGGAGCAGCUGCGCCCCUACCACGGCGCAAUAGAAGACGCGGAACUCAUCGAAGCCGGCCGCAGUGACGAGAGCUGUGCCGCCGCUAUCGAGGAAAUGAUUGCCGCCGUUUCUAGCGCCGAUGCUGUUCCUGAAGAAGAGGGCCCGCCCACCACGCCGUCUACCUCUGGUGCUACGGGGACGCACGACAAUCACGCAGCCGCCGGCGAGGGCGACGUGAGCUGGGAAGCGCUCGACGUCGAGACGGAGGCCGCUGUGGCAGAGCCGCAGAACGGGAUGGCAGAGAAGAGGUACAAGAAGGAUAAGAAGCACAAGAAGAAGCGAAAUCGGGGCGGCGACGGCGGUGAGCAUGUUGACCGAGAUGGCGCGCAUAAGGCGCGAAAAGAGAAGUCUUCCAAAGGGCAUCGUCGUCGCCGCGGCAGCGACAUGGGCUCUGACGAGGAGGCAGAAGCUCGCAGUAACACCGGUGAGGACGACAGUGGGAACGACGAGGACGUGUUCCAGAGAUUCACUGGGGCCGCGUCGAGUCGAUCAGCAAUAAAAAAAGCUAAAUACGAGCGGCAGAGCAAGCUAGAGGAGUACGACCUUGGGCCAGGCACUUUACCUGACUACAGCCCACGUGAUGAUCCUGCCUACUACUAUCGCAAAGUGCACAGUGCACGCCGUUCGGCGUCGUCCACGGAGUUACAGACCUGCACCCAGGAGCUGCGCGGCUUUAUGUCACAGUGUUUGAGUGGUGCUGCAACAGCCACCGACGUCGAGACAGAUAUUCUAGGCGUCCUACGGAAGCUGAAGAACAUCAACGUGACAGUGACACAGCUGCAGGAGACGGGCGUCGGUGUUGCCGUCGGCAAUCUUCUCCGCUCCUUCACUGCACCCGUGGUGCAGCUGGCACAGGCAAUACUGAACUACUGGUUCCACUCCUUGCCGCAGAGCAUGCAGCAGCAGCUCUCUGCGGAGAACGAGGUUGACCGGUGCUCCAUCGAGACUUGCUCCGAUGGUGUGGCUGGCGAGAACGAGCUCGGCCGCAUCGGCGUGAACCUCUUCGGCUGCUUCACCAAUGAAGAGAUCAACGACUCGCUGGCUAGCGUUGAUGUAAUGGCGCUGUGCGGCACUAUCGAGGACGCCCUGGAGCGCAGCUGCGACGUGGAUGCGCAGAUGCUUGUGCUCUCCGCCUUUGGUGACGCCGGCGACACCGGCAAGGCACUGCGCCGCCUCUUGUUGGAAGGUAAGAUUUAUGUGGAGGACAUCAUCAAGAACGCAGGAGACCUUCCAUCGCUCGUCCGUAGGCGACAGCACUGCCCACCGAACCUCCAGCUCGUCUCGAACUCGCCAACGUCCCAGGACCGCAGUGACAUCGGCUCGCCAACCUCGCCAAACGACGACGACUCGGCAGGCAGCCCCAUCUUUGGCUCCCCAGCCGGGCGCACCACCACUGCACUCUACAGUUGCCCGCACUGUGGUGCUAACGACGCGUACCAGAGUAGCUACUCGGUGCAGGCGCAUGACAACCUGCCUGACAUUUUGCGCUGCAAGAAGUGCGAGCAGACGUGGAACGUAGCAGAGUAG